GCCUCUCUCAUCAGCUAUCAAAAACACAAUGAGGACCCCAACAUUGCUUUGCGCUUUGGCAGCUACUGGACUCGCGACACCUCAAUGGUACGGCAGACGCGCAGCAGAUGCUGCACCAGCUUAUGCCGCUCAUACUAUUGACCAGCCGAUCGACCAUUUCCAGGACUCCAGCCGCUAUGAGCCGCACACAAAAGACACAUUCAAGCAGCAGUACUUCUUUGACUCAUCCUACUACAAGCCCGGAGGACCAGUGUUCCUAUACAUUGGCGGAGAGACUAGCGGUGAAAGUCGAUUCUCAAACCUUCAAACUGGAAUCAUUCAAAUCUUGAUGCAGCAGUUCAAUGGUCUUGGGGUCAUUCUGGAGAAUCGAUACUACGGGAAAAGCUACCCUUAUAAUACCAGUACAACCGAUGAGCUGAGGUUUUUGACGACUGAGCAAACAAUCGCGGAUAACGCCUACUUCAGGCAGCAUGCUACUUUCCCCGGAUUGAACAGCAGCCUGAGCGGGCCUGACGUCCCAUGGAUUAUGUACGGUGGCUCUUUGGCUGGUGCAUACACUGCUUUCACUAUGAAGACCUACAACUCCAUCUUUGCGGGCGGUAUUGGUAGCAGUGCUACCACUCAAGCUCUACUCGAAUACCCCCAAUGGUACGACACCAUCAUCAAAUAUGGCCCUUCGGAUUGCACUUCCCGAAUCGUUAACAUCGUGGACAAGAUCGACGCUGUAGUUCGAUCCGGAGACAGGCAAGCUAUCCAAAAAGUCAAAGACGUUUUCGGACUUGGUGCAUUGCAAAGUCUGGAAGACUUCGCCAUGACUAUCGCAUUCCCCAUUGGCGGACCUAUGAACUACCCCACGAACACUUGGCAGGAGCUCAACUGGAACGAGACGUAUGGCUCGGACGACUUUUGGAACUUCUGCUCCAACGUCACCAACAUCGACCCGCCCAAGAGCAUCAGUAGCGUCGAUACCUUGCUCUCUAACUACACCAAUGGCGAACCCUGGACUGGUCUGGGCGGCUAUGCGGAUUAUAUUAAGAAGGCUCUCCUCCCAACAUGCGAGAGCGGCCGCAUCGAUAGCACAGACAGUGGCUGCUUCGGCACCCAGAACCAGACUUUCUAUGCGGACGCCACAAAUAGCGCAUCCCGCUCGUAUCUUUACUCAUCAUGCUCAGAGUCAGGCGGGUAUCAAGUCGCUCCCAAGUCCGGUCCCUCCCUGAUUUCACGCGUUUUGCAGAAGGAGUACACCCAGCAGUGGUGUACGUGGGCCUUCCCCGCUGGUCAGCACAACAGCAUCCCCAAGUCACCUGAGCUGCACUACUACAACAAAUACGGCGGAUGGAACAUCAAGGCUGAGAACUUGGCUCUGAUUGACGGCAGCACGGAUGUCUGGCUUGACCUGUGCUAUCACUCUGACCUGGCGCCGAAGCCGAGGAUCAGCAGUGACAAGUAUCCAAGCUAUCUCAUCGCGGGGGCGGGACAUCACUGGGACAGCUACGGUAUCUUGGACGUCGAUGCUGAGCCGGCGUACAUCAGAGAGGCGCACAGGUGGGAGAUCAGGACCGUCACUAGGUUCCUAAAGUUCUGGGCGGAGAAGCACUGAGCCAAAAUUUUGCGAAGAAUGCCUCUGGUAAGGCAUUUCCAGGCAUUUGCGUAGUUGAGACCGAGCAUAAAUGCAUCGAACAGUAGUCUUGGAGCUUAGGAUUACAAUAUACCACAGUGAAACACAUGAC